AUGCGGCAGCUUCGCGCACUGGCCAGACCGGUAUGUGUCGGGGCAGCACUGCUGGCUUCGCGGUCGCCAGUCGUGCUCUCGCUGCCUGCCGGUGCCAUGUCGGGGCGGGCAGCGUUGAAUGACGCCAUGGUGGCGGAGGAGGAGAAGGCGAUCGUGGCGCGGCUGGCGGCGCUGCUGCCGGCGCUGGGCCUCGCGGCAUGCGUUCCGCGGCUGCCGAUCAAACGCAAGCUCCGCGACAACGACUACGCGCCCAAGCACCAGGUUGAGGCGCCAACAGUGGGCGCGGUCGCCGUCGGCGGCGGGCUCACUGGAGGCAGCUACGGUGCAGUCGAUGUUGGAGGCGGCGGCCUUCGCGGCGGCGGCGACUACGGCGGCGGCGAGAGGAGCCGUCACGGCGGCAGUGGCCUGGGCGGCGGCGGACUGGGCGGCGGCAACGACGGCGGCGGCGUCGGUGAGGGCGGUGGGGGGCUCAGAGGCGGCGGCGGCGGCGGCGGCGGCGGGCUCGGUGGGGGCGGUGACGGCGGCGGCGAGGGAGGCGGCAGGCUCGGAGGCAGCGGUGAGGGCGGCGGCGGCGGCGAGGGCGGCGGCGGCGAGGGCGGCGGCGGCGAGGGCGGCGGCGCCGGCGAUUGCGAGGCAGCGACGGCGGCCUGCUGCGGCAGCGGGGGCGAGGGCGGCGGCGGCGGCGGCGGCGGCGGUGGCGGCGGUGAGGGCUGCGGCGAGAAGGACGGAGGCCGCGACGGCGGAGGCCGCGGCGGCGGCGGUGGUCCGGGCGGCGGCGGCGACGGCAACGGUGGCGGCGGUGAGGGCGGCGGCGGCGGCGGCGGCGGCGGCGGCGGCGGCGGCGGCGGCGGCGGCGGCGGCGGCGGCGGCGGCGGCGGCGGCGGCGGCGGCGGCGGCGGCGGCGGCGGCGGCGGCGGCGGCGGCGGCGGCGGCGGUGGGCUCGGUGCGAACCCGACCGUGGAGACGGCGAGGGAGGUGGCGGGCUAG